AUGGGCUACCGUUGUUUCAAAUUUUGGCUAUGCUACCAGGCUUUCAUCACAGCCUUGCAGCACUUCAACUUUGGCUACUAUAUCUACACGAAUUGUGUCUAUUUCACUCUUUGGAAAGCCUAUGAUUUAUUGUGGUUAUGGACGGAGUUCUUCCUUUGUUUUUGUUUUCCAAUGCUACGGGAUUACAAUUAUUUAUUCACGUUUUUAAAUUUAUUGAAGAAACGAGCUCUUUACCCAAGUCAAUCAUUAGAGUUCAUUUAUGAAAGAGAAACAUUGAUCAUCCAACGGGGAGACCCAAAAGAGACAACUUGUUGUUCAAAGGAGAGAAAAAGGCCGAGACCCGACAUGAAAUCGGUCAACAGAAAAAGGAGAUCUCCCCGAAUCUUGAAUUUGGAUGACGAGAAUCUCAACUUCCAAUCUCACCCUGAAAUCUAUAAACUACAGCCAAUGCCAGCCACCGAAACCACUCAACUACAAACCGUUGCAAAAACAAACGCUGAAUCGGAAGAAGAGGAAAUUGUUGAGAAUCGUAAAGAGAUGGCUGAUUCAAUUGAGUUGGUGAUCACUUUGCUGAGAACUCUCUGCUCAUUGGCUCUCCUACUCGGGAAUUUCCAGCGGAUCGUUUACCCAGCACCGGCAAAAUAUCUCGGACCGGAUCGGCCGUAUUAUGAAUCGACUUUCUCUUUUGUUUUCUUUAUAAUCACAACCCUUUUCGAUUCUCUUCUUUUCCUGAUCAGCUGUAUGGUGACAUGGGGUUGCGACUGUAUCACGCUAUGGUUCCGAAUUGGUUGUGGGAAUUUUGUCAGCUUGUUGAUCUUAUGGGGUUUUGCCUCCCUCUCAAUGAUGUUGCCAAUGCUGAUGGCGAUGGGCGAAAUGGAUCAUUCGUGGUGUCAAUUCAAAAAUGAUUCGGCAUUGUCUAAUUGGCAACCAUCUUGGCAUAGAGGAUUG